AUGCGUGAUUUCUGCCUUGCAAAUAAUAACAAUACAAAAAUGGCCGAGCUCAAGUUUGAAGCACCAUUGGCACAAUUUGAGGAGUCAGAUGAAUGGGGCCCCGUUGAAUCGUAUCAACCAUCAGCGCCUCAGACACAAUCAAACCAAAUCGAUUCACUUAACUACUUGAAUAAUCUCAAAGAGAAUCUCUUGGUGAUCGAUAAUAACAACACAAUUGAUAAUUUUAAGAUGAAUGCAACAAAUAGCAUCAACAACAAUAAUAUUAACAAGUUAUUAACGAAAGAUAACAUUGACAAUUUCAAUGAAGCAUUCACCGGUAGCUUGGAAGAUUUGGUGAAUACAUUCGAUGAGAAAAUUACCAAAUGUUUCGGUAAUUACGAGCAGUCGGUGGAAGAAUUAGCACCGGUUCAGGUCCGCAGUCAAGAAGAGAUCAUGAACGAAUGCCAGUAA